AUGCGACCUUUGAUUCGGCUGGCGAUGGCCGUUGGGGCUGUGACGCUGUUUCUCGUCUUCAUUUCCGUCGGCUCGCAUCCCUCGAACCCCGUUCCGCAGUCGGCGUCGACCGUCAACGUGGUCAAGUCGUCCAUCAACGCCUAUAUUCCGAACCGGCUCAAGGCCAAGUUUGCAUUCAAGGUCCAUGAUUCGGACUCGGUGUUGCAGCAACUUCGGUCGAUUGCGGGGGCGAAGAAAAACCGGCGUUUUGCCAUCACGUCGUCUGUUCAAACGGCGUCGUUCACCGGUCUGGCCAUGAACCUGGGGUACUCGAUUCAAAAGUACAACGAUCUGCGGGCGCUGGAUGCAGACUUGGUAUUGCUAGUUCGCGCGCAGGUGAAUGGCGACGAUGGAGUGACGGCGCAAAACAUCACCAACCUGGAAAAGGUGGGGUGGCGGGUCAAGGAGGCGGAGGGCAUUGAUUUCGACGGAGUCGACAUCAACAAGAUCCGACCGUGGCACAAACACAAUCUCAACAAGCUGCACCUGUGGUCUUGGACGCAGUACGAAAAGGUGAUUUUCAUCGACGCCGACGUGCUGUGUAAGGGAGCUCUAAAGGAGCUUCUUCUGAUGCCUGGAGACACUCUGGCGGCCGCCCCGGAUGUGUGGUGGGACAAGCUGACAGACAACAAGUUCAACUCGGGCGUCAUUUCGUUCAAGCCCAACAUGGAGGAGUUCCGGGCUCUGGUCAAGGCCGUCUCCGACCCCAAGAUGCAUGCGCCCAACGACGCCGACCAGGCGCUGCUCAACAACUACUACCAGUUCCGCUAUUUUGGCUUGCCCUACAAGUACAACUUCAACCUGGUCAUGUAUCACUACCACCGAGAGUCCUGGGACCAGCUGUGGGACGAGGCUGUGCUGAUUCAUUUCACCACCAGAAAGCCCAAGCCGGGCAAGAAAAACUGGUGCAGAACCACCUGUGCGGAAACAAAGGUGUUGGAGUGGUAUACGCAGGUGUACCAGGAGAUGAUGGCGUAUCAUGGGUUUACCGAGAAGGACAUUCCCGUUCUUGGUUAG